AUGAAUGCGAUUGAGCAGUCUCCCGCGCCGAAUGCGCUGGCGCAUUUGACCAGGGUUCCGAUAGCUCAGCUUUCUCCCGACCUUGAGAAAUUGGCUGAGAAGUCUUUCCUUGCAACUGUAGCACUUGUGUGGCCUUACUCGUCUUCGACCAAGUCUGUGAGUCUCCUGUUAGCGGAGCCGGAUUUCCGCCUGAGGGGCGCGAAAGGACAAAUCAAGGUCACGUUUCAUGGACGCGUCGCAGAAAAAGUCGCAGAAUCCCAUGUCGGAAUUGGGGAUACCGUUUGUCUAGCCCUGAAAGACGCCAAGUUUGUCAGCAAUGAAAGCGUCCAGAAAACCCCGGGAAGGUCUGUCGCGUGGGAUGCGCACUUUGAGAAUGGCGUGUCUCUCGAGAUCUAUCAAUCUUCCCAGCCCCCAUUGACAAUAUCGGUGGAGCCGCAAGUAGCAGCACCACACGAAACCGAAAUAGCACCACCUGCAACUCCUAGUGGGAAAUCAAUCAAUCCCGAACUCGACCUGCCUUCUAGUGCACGCCCCUGGGGAUCACCGAUAUUCCUCAAGUCUACUCGAACUUCAUUCGGAGGAACAAUCCGUUCCGAUUUCGAUCCUUUUACGGAGGAAGAUGGAUUUGUUCCAGGGAAAGGAAGGAAAAAGCCGAGAUACAGCUUGCACAGGGAAGACUGGCGCGUCAUCAAUGAACCAGAAAGCCCCCCUGAACAAGAAGCCCCCAUGGAUUGGGAACAGGCUUUGAAUCAAUCUAUCGAUCAAGAGCUCGACGAGGCAGAUUUGGCGAGUGAGCCUUCCCAUGACCCAACGAUGGAUGCCGCCCAAGCUCCAACAUACACAGAGGAUGUGCCACAAGAGCCUGUUCCAGUGUUUGCGAAGCCCUCACUGGAAUUUUCCGGGAGUAUCCUUGAAAGACAUGCCGACGAGUCGAAUGUUUUGUCUCGUGAACAAGUUGAUAAUCUUGAAACCUCUUUUCAUCUACCAACGGAUACACCGCAGAUCCGACCCAUUCCUUCUCCGGGGCUCCCGAUCCCAUCGCCCCUUAUAUCUAGUCAUGGUGACUCGACUAGCUAUUUCCUGCCAUGGACCACACCCACCCAGUCGCAAGAGAUUCGAUCUGUUCCUACCGAAAUGGACACCCUAGCAAUACCCGCAGCAUCCUCCACCGACGUCCGGGAUACCAAUGCCAUCGAUCCCAUUCACGCAGAGAUAGCGGAACCAACUUAUCCAGAUGUUGAAACCAUCCAGCAGGAACAUGUCUUCGAUGCCGGUUUUGCCUUUCGCGAUGAUUCAGCAUCACCUCCGGGCUCGGAAGGUUUACCGGGAAAAGAUCAAGUUGAAAUACUCGACUCCUCUGAAUCUAUUGUGGAAUCACAUGUAGUUGAAGCUGACGUAGCUGUAAAUUCCACCGGCGACGAAGCUCAAAUGUCAAAUGAAGCGGAACAUGGGCAUGCCUUCGUUGAUCCUAACCUAUCCCGCGACCAUCCAGCGUCAAUUUCGGCCCCGGAAGGUGAAUUGGAUGAGUCUCCUGAUAUCGUCGAUGAAUCCGCCGCCGCUCAAGUUGAUGCUGGUACCGAAGAUGCCACCGACGAAGCUCAAAAAUCAGAUACUACAGAUGACGAACGGAUCAUUGAUCUCAGUUACCUAUGGCGCGAUGAUUCAGCAGCAUCUUCACGCCCCGAGGAGCGCGCGGAAGAUGAACUACUCGAAUCCUCGCAAGAGGUGGAUGGCUCAGAUCUUGGUCAAGCUGAUCUUGCCAUCGAAACUGCCAGCAACAACGUGGGAUCUCCUCAAACCCCGGAUAGAUCUCAUGAGGAAGAUUCUGAGCGAGAGCCUCAGUCGGUCAACUAUCCCGAACCAACCUCCGCCUUUGAUCAGGAUGCGAUCAAUGCCCUCGAAAGAAUGAUAACCGCUCGGGAUGAGGAAGUCGAAAGGAAGAGAGACAGGGAAGAGGAAAAAGAAAUGGAAGAUGAUAUCGAUAGUUCCCCCAGUCAAGGAUAUGGUGAAGAAAAUGACGAAAUGGUCAAGGAUCAAGAAGUGUACUAUGCGGAGUCAGUGGAAAAUUAUGAUUCACAAGAUGAAUGUGAAGAGGACGACCAUUUCCCUUGUGAUCCGCGAUUGGCCAAAGAUGACUUCAGUGUCAUUGGAUCCAGAGAUGAAACUUCUGAGCAGGAACAGAACCUACCUCCGCAGACGGGAAACCAUGAAGUGAUCGUGCUCGACAGCGACAGUGAUGAUGAACCUGCUUCCAAUUAUCCGGUCGCCCCAGCUUCCCAGUCAACAGAACGAGAGGAUCUUUCGCACUGCUUUGAAUCCGGACAUCCAGCUGUCUCUCCAGCUGCAGCCGAUUUUGCAACAGGUGUACAGGAAUAUCCAGAGCCGUGGUAUGUCGGUGGAGAUGGUGGCUAUCACGGGGCUGUGGAAGAAGGUUCCGAUAUUGAUGAGCGCGAAGAGAGUGAGGAAAGCGAAGAGAGCGAAGAGGGAGAACAGCGUGAAUACAAUCAGCAGGAUGAUCGAGUUCACGAGAGUGACAUGGAUGAUGACGAAUCCACCCAAGACCACUAUGAUACAGACCAUCCAUCCGAAGUAGCAUCACCCAAACCUGAGCAAGACGAAGAUGAAGAAAUGGAAGAUGCGGAGCUCAUCGAAGAAGCUGACACCGAUGAAAAUCAUGAUGUGACCAAGCUUGGAGCGGAGAAAAGUGAAGAGCGCGAAAACAAUCAAGAAGAUGACCGAGUUCACGAGAGCUACAUGGACGAUGAUGAGUCGUCCCAAGGCCACUACGAAACGGACCAUUCAUCUGAAGUGGGAUCACCCAAACCUGCGCAAGACGAAGAUAAAGAAAUGGAAGAUGCGGAGCUCAUCGAAGAAGCUGACAACGAUGAAUUUUAUGCUGCAGCCGAACUUGGAGCAGAGACAGAAGUGCCGGUUGACCGUGUCUCUGACGAUGGGCAAUCAGGCAAUACUGAUCCAAAUUUGCUUGAUAUGCCUAAAUCUCAUCAUCAAGAUCCACCCUCAGUAGUCAAAAGUCCUGCUGGGCAUUAUCUCACUGGGGACGGACAAUCUGAUUUGCAUAUUCCUUCAUCUGCUGGAAACAUGGCCGAUUUUCUGUUGAGGGAUGAGCCGACAGUCGAAGGACCUGAGCCCCUCGGCGGUCGAGUCUCGGCGCCUAUUAGGCCUCCAUCUGAGCGACAACUCUUAACUCCAGAGCCCACCCAGGAAAAUGCAUCCACGCGUGAACCAGCCCAUGAUCUUGAACCCGACACUUCAUCCACAAUCGAAGAAAAUGAAGCUCCUACUAGUCUGGAUAAAACUUCGCAGCCCGACCAAGGCGAUGGUCUCAGGGCCGACCCCGCAAAAAGCACCCGGCAAGAGCCCCACGUUGAUGGACAUGAUGGUGCCAUGCCUACUUCGGAACUCGCUGAAGCCGCGGAACCCCCAGCGACGCCCGAACCUAGGCGCUCUCUGGAGGUUGUGAUUAGCACCGAAUCUCCAAAAACACCGACAGCUCCCGUUUCACGGCCCUCGAUCCCUGACCGUAAUGCUUCUGGACUACGUAGCAAGCUUUCCUACUUCGCCCCGCUUGCUACACUCAUUGAUCAUUACAAUGCUUUAGUCGAUACCAUCUCGAUCGUGCACGAGGCUUCGCCGAUUAGCCGAGCCAAAUCCGGUUCGAAAGACUGGUUCAUGACUAUCCAACUUACCGAUCCCUCCAUGGCCGGCACGACUCUUCGUGCUCAGAUUUUCCGGCGCUACAAGGCCUCGAUGCCGUCAUUGGCAGAAGGUAACGCCGUACUCUUACGCGACUUCAAGGUUCGGAGCCUCGAUCACACCGUGAUGCUUGUCAGUGUAGAUUCCAGCGCAUGGGCAGUAUUUGACGGUUCGGGUCCUGAUGCCGAAACGAACGGACCCCCUGUUGAAUAUGACUCGCAGGAACGUGCCUACGCGUCUGGCUUGCGUCGAUGGUACGUUGAAGUUGGCUCGGAUAGAGUUGCAGACCAUAUGCUCCAGGCAGCUAUCGAGAGAGACAGCGAGGAGCGCGAUAUGACACCAAGCAGUCAGGUGCCGAGCGAGUCAGGAAGUCCAGAUUCCAAGCGUGGCUCCCAGCGCAAGCGCAAGAGCAAUCGAAGAGUCACUAUCCAUGAGCUCCGGGAUGGCACUCGCUACACUGAGGUCGGGUCUCCAAACAGUGGAAACAGCAGUGUUCACGAGUUACGGGAUGGCACAUUGUAUGCCAAUAUUUGA